GUCAGGUGACAGUUGUGGCCAACCAGCGGGUGUAACAUCGCAACUGAGGAGACAGUGAAGGGAGAAAACAGCCUCCCUCUGUCUGUAAUAACCGUAUCAGCCGCGGAGAACCGGACAGUUGUUACACCCCGAUACCCGGACACGUCCUCCCGCCUCUUGCAGGAUGAGUGUUGGUGCUCCGAGAGCCCUGGCCAGCUCGGGGCAGAAGCCCAUCACGGAGAUCCUCCACCCGCUGUCCGCAGCCGAGGAGCCGCUCUCCGCCACCGUCGGAGGGGACAAGCAGGAAGUGGGGCUGACCAACGGCACGCCGGUGGAGACGUCGAGUCCCGCCUCCACGUCCUCGCUCUUCAACAGGCUGCAGCUGGACGACGACCUGGAAGCAGAUGUGCGGGACCCCUACGCAGACAGCUCAGAAACGCGGGAUCUUUUUGUCACAGUCGACGACCCAAAGAAGCACGUCUCCACCAUGGAGACCUACAUCACCUACAGAGUCUCCACCAAGACAUCACGGGUCGAGUUUGAUCUCCCGGAGUACUGUGUGCGACGGCGCUACCAGGACUUUGACUGGCUGAGGAUCAAGCUGGAGGACAGCCAGCCGACCCACCUCAUCCCUCCGCUGCCCGAGAAGUUCGUGAUGAAGGGCGUGGUGGAUCGUUUUUCGGAGGAGUUUGUGGAGACGAGGAUGAAGGCUCUGGACAAGUUCCUAAAAAGAGUUGCUGAUCACCCUGUCCUCUCCUUCAACCCACAUCUAAAUGCUUUCCUGACUGCCAAGGACCUGAACAAGCGUCAGGGUCUGGCCCUGCUGUCCAAGGUGGGCGAGUCGGUGAAGCACGUGGCCGGAGGCUACAAGCUGCGGGCGCGGCCGGCCGAGUUCUGCGCCAUGGGAGAAUACCUGGACACCUUCAACCAGAAACUGGGAACCAUCGACCGCAUCGCUCAGAGGAUCCUCAAAGAGCAGUCAGAGUACCUGACGGAGCUGCGUGAGUACGGCAGCGUGUACUCCAGCUGGGUGGGGUCUGAAGACGAGCUGCUGCGCCCCCUGGAGGGCGUGGCCGGCUGCGUGACGACGUCCUGCGGAGCGCUGGAGGACCUCGGGGAGAACAUGAGCCAGGACUUCCUGCCAGUACUCCGAGAGUACGUCCUCUACAUAGAGUCCAUGAAGAAUGUUUUGAGGAAGCGAGACCAGAGCCAGGCGGAGUACGAGGGCCGACUAGAAGCAGCCAUAUUGCGCAAACAGGAGGACAGAACGCCAAUGCCGGUGGAGGUGGAGAAAUGCCAGGACAAAAUGGAGUGUUUCAACGCGGACCUGAAGGCCGACUGGGAGCGCUGGCAGAGCAACAAGAGGCAAGACUUCAAACAGCUCCUCACCGGCAUGGCCGACAGAAACAUCAACAGCUAUGAAAAGAGCCAGGCAGCGUGGGAGUCGCUCAUAACUCUCCUCCAGGACAAACAGACUGAGGACAAAACGAGCGAGACAAACUGAACCUCGUGUUUCUCUGUGUCACACACUCUCUCGUGCCAAGGACAAAAAAGCAGCAGCCCGGUCUUCAGGUCUGAGCUGCUGGACUCUGCCCCUGUUCUCCUUUGAGGGGAUUUCUUGGAAGAGUCGUCUCUCGCAGAGAUCUGACCUGGGAGUGAGGUAACAAACGGUACAUUCAAGGACAGCUGGGAAAGAGGAAACACCUACUAUGUACAGACAAUUUUCUUUUUUUUGUCGCUGUUUUAUUGACUUUUUCUACUUAAUAUUUCCAAUUAACAGUCGGAUGCCAAUGCUGACUUGUGUUUAUUUAACCCGUUGUCUCACAGAAGCAUUUCCUGUCUGUUCUCCCCUCUUUCACAUUGAGCUAAGUGUGAAGGAUAACUCUCCAGCGAUGCAGAAAACAGAUUAAACAUGAAGUAUACAGAGCGUCCCCAAGAUGAAUUCUUACUGUCAGGUUGCGACAGCUUCAACACUGAAACCAGAUAUGUGGAAUUCUCUCUCAUCUAUUAAAGUAUUGCAUUUGAAUAAAAAUCCAACAUCCUUUAUUUAAUGGACAUGUUAUUUUUAUGCAUGUUUCAGCUCAUGAAUGUAUGUGUUUUGAACUUUUUUCAAAACACAUAGACUUUUUUGUUAUUAUAAAAAGGAAUUAAUACAAUUUGGGGCAUCAGAGCUUUUUGACUCGAUACUUUUGUUCGAUUUAAAGGCGGAGAAAUAGCAGGAAGUGUAGCAAGAUAUGUCAAAGAGAGACUAUUUGGGGAAAAGGGCACUGCUAAUUCUUGAAAGGGAAACUAGGAUUAAUUAAUAAUCUGCAUCCUUACAUAAAUUGACAUGAAGCAAAGCCACGUUUAUUGUGGGUCUCUUUAUGUGAACGUUGAGCUUUAUCAGGGAAUUUUGUUUGAGGUCAUUCUGUGUUUUUAAGCACAGAUGCAGAUUGGUUGUGAGAGUGGUGUAGCAGCUCCACUUGGUGGUUGGGAUGUGGAAGUGUUUCAUUCUUAGGUCCCCUAUUAUACUCUCCCCCUCCCCCCCCCCCCCCCCAUGCCCCUGGCACAAUAAUGCUCUAGGAGAAGAUUCAGGUGAUACAGUGGGCGAAAUCUGAUCAGCUCAUUUUCAGACAGGUUUUUAUAUAGAUGGAUCAGGACAUCAUAUGUUCGUUGUGUCGUGGCCAUUUAAAAGUCUGAAGGAUUUCUUCUCCCAGCAAAAGCUUUAACUCUGUUGAGGAUAUUAAAUGGCACACCAGGCAGACCUAUCCGAUGAAAAGCACAAAGGGGAAUUAAAGGUGUGAUUUAUUCUAUUUAAACAGAGGAAUACUAAUGGGGGUGAACCUUUUUUGUAGAACUUUCCUAAUUAAAAGUAAUUUUCUUGCAACCAUGUGCCACAGAUACUCAGUUAGAGAGACUUUUUUUCAUUGGAAACAUGUGCAACUACAAAAAAAUGUCUGGAUAUGAUCCGAAUAACCUUUAGAAGAGCGUUUAAGGCCGUCGACGAACUUCUGUUCAAGUUUCCAUUGGUGAAUUUCUCAAAAAUGCUGACACUUCUGGCAUUCAGAUGAACAAGCAGCUCUGAGGUUUGUGGUUAAUCUGUGUCAUAUUAACACCAGGGGAGAAGGAUAAAGCAGCGCUCAGAGGAGUUUUGUGAAAUCUCAGUCAGACGUUGCAAAGAACAGCUUCCUCUCCUUUAAAAACUGUAAUGUGGAAAUAUUGUGCUCUUUGGUUCUGACUGUGAGGCGUGGCUCCGCUCUGACUCAUGGGAAACAUUUACUCCUAUUCAGACUCAGCAGCCUUUUAGCGUCACACUUUUUCUAUACUCCAAAUCUACUGAUGCCUUAAAAAAAAAAAUACACUCGAGAUAUUCUGUAAUACGUCAACGCCUGACAUUAUUCGCUGAACCUGCUUGACCUAGUUUAUCGCUUCUCCUAAAAUAAAUAAAAAAACAAUGAUGACCAGGCCAGACAUUCUUCCCAAAUCCAUUUACAAACAAGCUGAUUUUACUUUAUUUUUGUUUGAUUGCACCUUCAAUUUUCAAACACGUCAUUCUAAUUUCUGUUUCACAAAGACCUUCUCUAUUGUAAUAUCAUUUAUUCCAGAAAGGAGUUGCUGAGUUGAAUUUGCGGUCUUUGCUCCUAGAGACUCCUGUGUCUUCUAUGUUUUGUCUUUUAAAUUUCCAUUAGUCAGAUUGUGUUUGAAUGGCCUUUGUCCUGUUUUAAAUGCUGAUGUAACAUUACUCACAAGUGCAGCCGAGUGCGAGUACUGUAGGACAGCGUGGAGAGGAAGUAUGCGGCUGCUUUCAAAACGGUUUUAGUUCUGUUUUUAUUUGUCUGUUUAUAUUUUACCCUCAAGCUUUACAGAGCAGAUACACUUUCCUCUGAACAGAAUUUAGCAAGGUCACAUAUAAAGAUGUGUUUUUAAAUCAAGGAGCAAGAUGGGGAGAAGGUCUACUCGUACUAAAUCAAUUUAUUUGUUUCGUUUGUAUUAAAAACCAUCGCCAAGAGCCAGAGGUGUUUAUGAAAGGAGCCUCUGUGUCACCUGGUUCUCUCUCUGUAAAAGAAGACCGUCAUUUUUAUCAGCAAACCACUGCGUUAAAGGACCAGUGAUCUUUUUCUACAUUUUCAAUACUGUUAGGGUGGUUGUCACAUCUUUUAUGAACAUCCACCACAAUUUAAGAUGUAUAAAAUGGACAAAGUAAUUGUUAUUUGAUUAGUGACUUCUAGAAUUCAGGACGGACCUUGCAUCCCUAUCAGGCACAGUUUAGAGUUUUGAGCAAUUUGUGUUUGUAUCAUAAGAAAACUCAGUGAUUUGAAAAAACGAGCGUCGAUUUGAACCCCUGAUGACCUUUUUUAAUUUGACAGUGUUUUGUCAAAUCAUGGCAUCUGUGCUUUUUUUUACUCUCCCUGCUGUGUGGGUGACCUGAGCAUGCAAACGUUUUGGGAUCAUUCAGACUUUAUUUUAUUUGUUUUGUUGCUCUUAUCGCGAUAUACUCUAUAAAGAUAACAUACCCCUCUGUUAAGCUGAAUUAUAAGGUACAGCUGAGUCUAUUUUUGUAUAAAAGCAGCAGGUGAACAUUGUUGGGUUUUUAAUGAGCAUGUGAAUAACACAUUUAACAAGGGAUUCUAGGAAAUGUGUACAUCACCAAAACAUUUAUUAUGAUGCUCAUUGGAACCCCAACAAUACUAAUCUGAUAACCUGUUCUUACUCAUUGUCAUUGUAAAUCGUCCCAUCUUAUACUGUGUGCCUGCUGAACCACUUUUGCACUAUACAUGUUGUUCCUACCCAUAACGGAUAUUUCUGCUAAAAACAAAAUAAAGCAAAAAAAACGACAUCAUUUUUCUUUCAGUGGCCACAAAAAAGGAAAUGAACACUCAGCUGGGUCUUUGGAGUAAAGAGCAGCGUCUUCUAAAAAUAGGGACGAUGAUAGCAGACACUGUUCAAGCCUGUGAAGAGUGAAGAGACGGCAUUUUAGUUUUUCUUUUAUUUAUAAUCAAAUGUUUCCAAGCCAAUUGUCCCGAUUCAAACAUGAUAAGAAAAUGUGAUUUACAGCACAGGAUGAAGCUGAAUGAAAGGUUGAAAAUCAGCGACUUAUGAACGUGUGAAUCUGGCUUUACUUUCUGUUCCUCCCAUGUGUGUACUGUUUACGUUCAGCCCUGUUUGUGCAUUUGAAUGUUAAUAAUGUAAUCAUGAAUAAGCUUGUAUAUUGAUGUUGUUUUGAUGCAAUUUAUCUUUACCUCAAAUGAUUUUUUUGGAUAUAUUGGACCAACAAUAAAAAGACAGAAUGCGUUUGA